AUUUAAAAAGCGGACCUAAUUCCAUGUGCAGCUUUAGGGCUGGCUGCAAUUAUAAUACCCCAGAUUUAAAAGUUAUAUAGAUUUAAAGAAUGAGUCUCAAGACUUUUAAAGUUACAAAUCUGCACCAAGUUGACGAAGUGGGAUUUUAAUACCAUAUCAGCAGAGGGUUGAAACAUUUAAAUAAAACUUUAAAAACUUACAAAUCAGUAUGAAGUUGUCAGACUGGGGGUAUGAAGGCUAUCAAAUAAUUUAGCCAUUGGAAGAUUUAGAUACCAUAUUUACGUAAUAAAUCUGAUAAAGUUUGGACUCUGUUAUAUCUAGGUGAAAUUUAAAUUUCGUUCAUUUAAAUUUCGAGAAAAGUUGAAUGAAAGAAAAGAAGAUUUAACCGUUUUUAUUGAAUGGAUUUGAACGUUCAUUGAUUCAAUGGGGGAAUGAAUGAGUAGCCUGAUCGUAUAUUAAAUCACCCCAGGCUGUCAGAACUGUUAGUAUAACAUUAUUAUAUAGGUAACUAAUAGAAUAGUGUUGAACAGGUGAACAUGUUUGUAAAUAGAAAAAUACGUAAUGUCACUGGAUUUAUUGUCUUUCAGUUGUGGAAUUAAAACUUUGUGGAAUUAUGGAUAGGGAAUUGUAUAAUUCAAAAUGAAAAAAGUGGAAAAUCGUCGCCAGGAGAAAGUUUUCAUGCCGGCUGCUGCAAGUGAUAUCAAGGAUGUGUUGGAAAGAAAGAUUGAAGAACUCAGUAGACAUUUGGCAGAGGAAAAACAAGUUUCAAGAAGAGAGAAGAUUCAUGUUGCCAGGUUACAUAGAGAACUAGCAAGAUUUAAGGGAGACAAAGAAGUAAAAGAGAAGGACAACAUUCUGAAAGAUUUGGAGAGAGAAAGAAUGCUGAGAGCUGAUGCGGAAAAAAAGCUACGAGAGCUCACCAUAGAAACUGACCAAUCACAGUCCAGGCUGAGACACAUCCAAACAGAAUUUCAAAACAUGGAACAAGCAGUUUCCCAGAUGAUGCAGUUUAAAUCUAAGAUAGAUCAACUAAAACAUGAAAAAUCCAGUCUCUCUAUGCAGUAUGAGAACAAUUUACAGAAGUAUAACAGUCACAUCAGCAGUUUAGAGAGAGAAAACAUCAUGUUACUGAACGAUGUCAAAAAGUUUGAACAACAGAUGAGUAAUGGCACAGAUCAGGAGAGAACUAAGUUACUGUUAGAACGACUGAAGAUGUUAGAGGCAGAAAACUCGUCACUGGUACUAGAAAAUGAACAACAACGACAACAGUAUGAGAAAUGUCUGGAUGAGAUUGCUAACCAGGUGGUACAGGCAUUACUCGCUCAAAAGGCUCUCAGGGAAGAAUGUGUGAAGUUACAGACCAGAGUUCAAGAUUUAGAACUUCAGAACAAAGAACUGAAUUGUCUAUUCCAACAAAAAGUGAAAUACUCGUCAGAUACUGUUCUGCAAUCUCUUCCACCCAGUCAGACAGUAUCUACCAGUACAUUAUGUGAGAGUACAGGGUAUUACAAUAGUGUUUGUAGUCUUCCACCAUCAUCAUCUGUAUCUGUAGAAACUAUGCACAUCACUUCCACAUCACAUAGUAUUGUACAGUCGACAGCACUUAUACAUCACCCUUCCACAAGCACUGACUCGCUACACAGUUCAGACAAUGCAUUUGAAGACUGUAAUACUCUAACAAGUAAGAAAUGUAAUUCAACAAACUGUGGAACUAAUUGUGACAAUGGACAAUGUAGGACAAAAAUAGAAACAGAAUUUCCUGCAACGAAUUCUAGUCCGAAAAUGAAGCAUGUCAGUAUCGUAGAACGUGCCAGUGAAAAAGCAAAACAACGAAGCUCUUCCACCUCAUCCUUAAAUACAACAAGUAAAAUAAGGACGUUUAGGUCAAAUUCAACGAAUGCAUCAUUAGGGAAAAGUAAAAUUGUCCCUCCUGGUGUAAUUUCUCAGAGUUCAUCAAAUGUUUCAUCCAAUCAGAUAGAAACUACUGUACAAAUAAAUCAAUCAGAUUCAAGUGCUAAAAGAAGAAGCCUGUCUCAACCAGAUCAUAUUAAUAAAACUGUUACAAAUGUAAACCAGUCUAAAACUGGUUCAAAGCCUUCAAGGACUGAACUGAGUAAAUCAUCAAGUAAAUUGAAUUCAAAAUUACAAAAGUCUUCAAGUUCGUCAAGUAUACCAACUAAAAAGACGAGUAAAUCUCAAUCAUCACUACCUCAAUCCUCGGGAUCACAAAGUAGACUUCCACAGAAAAAGACAGACCAAGACUCAGGCAGAAAAAACUCAGGACAAAUAACUCAUGGAAGUUCUAACUCAAGAGUGCCUAAAACUGUAUCUUCUAUAAAAACUCAGGGAUCAUCUAUAUCGAAACUCAAUCAAACAAGUACUCAGUCUGAUAUAAAUACAAGACAAAGGGAAGUAACCCCUACAAAUAAUCAGCCAGCUAGAGUACCAUCAUUUCCAAACGGCCAGUAUUUUUAUGAUUAUAGUGACGAAGAUAGUGAUAUUAAUCGUCCAAUUUCAGGAUGUAGUAAUGGAUCAACAAUUUCAAUUAACGAAAUUUUAGAUGACGAUGACGAUACCGAUACAUUACUAGAUGCAGACUUUACUGCAGAAAAAUUUGCUUUUUUUGAAACUCCACAAUUUAUGCAAGCUGAAGUAAAGAAAAAGGAAAAAGCCAGAAAAAAGAAGGAGAAAUCAAUAUUUUCUAGUUUACGUGGCAAGCCAGAUAUUGUUAAGGAUACUGAAUAUAGUGAGAAAAAGAAUAAAAUAAAAAGUCCACGUUCACAUAGACGUAGGAGCUUACCACAUUCAAAUAAAACAAAACAACCAAAUCGACCCUCAUCACUUGUGUUGAAUUCAAAAGACAAAAAUAACAUGAAACAUGGAUAUAGUUCUUCAAGCUUAAGUAGUAGUGAGAGUGAUGAAAACUGGUCCCCACAAUUUGCAAGACAAUACCAGUUGAAACUGUACAAAGUUCACAAUAAAUCGGGAAGUAGUGAAAGUGGAAGUAUGUCUGGUUCUUUGUCAGAAAAGACCCAGAUGAAAUCAUCACAGGAACUAACGCCUACUGCUAGUGAAAAAUCAUUUGGUUCUCAAACUGAGGCUAGGGAUAAGGAUAUUUAUAGAGAGGUGAUUGUUGUGAAAAAUAUUGAUAAUUCAAAUGUUGGCUCACAGAAUAGGAAAAGGGGGCCUCCACCUCCGAUUCCCAAAAAACCUCCAAUAGCUGGCCGCCGCUCACCUGGAAUUAUAAUGGGAAUACAAUCCCCUGGAUUACGUAAUAAGACACUCUCAACUAACCAAGAACUGAGCUUAUUGAAACCUCAUGAAUUCAAAACUGGUGUAUUUGAUAAUGUUGAUACUAUUCAGUCAGUUAAUGUUGUCACUGAACAAACAGUGAAUCAGACUCAUAAAUAUAUGUCCUCUGAUUCAAGUUUCGAAAGCGUGAAAAAUGAUAAAGUAGAAAGAUCGGGAAGUAAAGACGAUGGAUAUUCAACUAUGUCUAGUGAUAUUCAACCAGAGAUGUUAGAAAAAUUUAGUGAUUCUUCAUUGAAAAGAGAUGCUGUAUUCCGAAAUGAUUUUCAGGUUAGAAACGAUAUGACUGUGAUGCAUGUUAUGGAUUCUAGUCACAAAUUUGUUAGUUGUGGGACUUCUCCAUUGGAAACAACUGCUGUAAACUCACAUUCAUUGAACUUUUCUCCAAAACGUUCCUCACCAAAUAUGCAAGAUAAAAAUAUAGGACAUAAUUCUUUAGGACGGGUCAAAGCUAUGAAACAAAUGUUUGAAGCAGAAUGUCAAAAACAAAAUGACAAUUGUAAAAGAUUUCCACUUCGAAAAUCGUUUUCUGUUGAUAGUAAAUUAGGGCACAAUGAAAAAACUUUAAACCGCAGAUCUCUUGGUGAUGAUGUUCAACUAAAUGUUACUGAAAUUGACGAGUCUGAAUCUAGAAAUCGUUCAUCAUCAUGGGGAAACAAAUCUCAUCAUGUGACCGAUUCUUUGCACCAAAAUGAUACUACAAAUCUCUUGGACAAGGACAAUAAAUGUUCACAAAAUAAGAAACAAAUUGAUGAAAGAGCUAAUGCAAAGGAACAAGAUCAUUAUGUCUCAAAACUUGAUCAUGUUACUUUGAGUUCUGACCAUGUGACCUCAACUUCCAGAAGUCACAUGACAUCAGACAGGAAUUCUAUUUAUCACAUGUUAAACAACAGUGAAGAGAACUUUCUUUCCGACAUUCCAGAAGAAAAAGAAGACUAUGGAGAAAUGUCUGGAGCAUCUAAUGAAAAAUUAUUAGAUUUUCCUGUGAGAAAACAAAUUUCGAAGAAAGAUCAAAUAUCAAAUUUACAGCUUUUUGAAACUUCCACAACAAAGCAUUACUGGUCAUCCACUUUGGGGUUGUGUAGAUUUUUGUCUGAUUCAGAUCUUGAGAAAAUAUCAAAGAAGCAGUCUGUUGAUGAUUUUAAGGACAUUGGCAAUAUCAGUUCUGGAAAAGCAUUGGAGAGAUCUGUGUCUCUAUCCAGUCUAAAUACAAAAACAGAGAUAUUGGCAAACAUGAAACUAGCUCCAACAUUGCGUAGAAGUUGUCGUCAAUCAUUGAUUAAUGAGAUAAAUGUCAACGAUAGAGUGCAAGAUAUUGUCAAGGAGCAUAUUCUGAAACAGCUUGCCCACUCAGUUGAUAGUGAGUCAGAUGACGAUCUCCAAAAUUACAGCUUUGAUCAACUUCUGGCAAAGAAACAGAGACAGAACUACCUGGCACAGUCUUUUGAGUCAAAGUUCAACCAACCAGCCCCAUUCAAAAACCAAUGUGAUUUCCCUGAAGAACCUUUCUCUUCAAAUUACCAUGAAAAGGAGUCCACUUUUUCGUCCAAUGAAGAGAGAGGCGAAGAUAAAGGUAGACAAUCCAGUAAAGAAUCUAGUCCAAUGGUGGAAAAGCCUUCAAAAUUUAGAAGUGACUACUACAGUCUCUGCAUGGUAGGAUCAAAUCGUAGUUUAUUUUCGGGAAGUAAUGAAGGCGAAUCUGACCAAAUUUUAAUUGAUGAGCCACAGUGUGUUAACUGCAAAGAUCCUUCAAAUUGUAGACAAUGUACAAAAGCUAAAAAUACAGAAGAAUUUGAUGAAAUUUCUCGACAACUUCAAAGUCUUUCGAAAACUGUGAAUGCUUUACAGCAGAGCUUGACUGGUGUGGAUAGCUGUGAUUCUGACGCUGAAUCAAACGAAGACCAUUCCCACAUGUUUAUAUCACCAAAUUCUGAUUUCCAUGGUGACGGUUAUCAGUGGGUUGAGGAUGAUGAAUUUUAUCUGACACCAUGUGGAGGUGAGCUCAUUAUGGGUGCGUCUCCGUUUUCUGAUACAGGUGCUUGUGCUGAGUGGAUUAAUGAAUAUGCUGAUGAUACAUCAUGUAAUGAUGAAUUUGAAUUUUACGGAAACUUUGCUGAUGAAUCUAUUGACAAUCGUCAAUUCCAAGCUCCAAUCAAAGAGGAGGGAGAAAUUAAAAAAUAUGAAGAAUCGAGAACAGUUACUCCUCCUCAAAGUAAAUCUCCAAUCCAGAGAGGUAACAAUGAUCCACAACCAUGUGAUAGUUACAGUAGACAAAAAGCACUGAAAAAACUCAGAGGUGAAGGUCAUGUGAGACACCAUAGUGACGGACAUCUUUCUAAAAUCAACAAUGAAAGCAAAUCAAAUGGAACAGAAGAGAGGAUUGGUUCUAUAUAUAGAUCAAGGGAGAGAACUGAAGAUAGCAAGAUGUCUGAUCCACAGGUGAGAGCAGCCAUGUUGGAUGCCAUGGUACAUUUAAGCGGAGCUAGCAUGGAUAGCUUGGAUGAUAACAUUGGUGUAGAUCAUGUGAUGUGCUCUAGACUCCUAGGUGGAGACAAAGGACCAGUCCGAUCCACAGGUACCAGGUCAGCUGUAGAUUUGUCUCAGUUUUUUGUUCGAUAUGGGGAACCAGAAGAAGAAGCAGUAGCAGCCUUUGAUUUCCUGGAUGAGAUUCCUGCUGAUCCUCUUCAGCAGCAGAUGACAGGUUUAACAAUCAGCCAAUCAAAUACAGUAUCUCAGUGUCCACAAACAGAAUUGACCAAUAAGGGACCAGAAAACAAAUCACUUCCUGUUCAAGAACAAAAACAUUUGGAAUCUGCAAAUUCUCAAACUAAGGAGGAAAAGUGUCAAGAUGUUAAAGGGAAUACAGAAAAUAAAAGCAAACUUCAAAAACCAGAAAAAAAGUUUUUCAAUUUCUCAAGGAGUAAAUCAACUAAAUCUACAGAUAAUUCAAAAGAAAAAGAAAGCAAGCUUCCAAAGAAGGUCAAAACCAAAGAGUUAAAGGAAAAAGACAAAGACACUCCAAAGGAAAAAUCUAAAAUUCCAAAGUUCAGAAGUUCAAGCAAUGAACAAAAAGUUUCUAAGCAGCUUAGUGUCAAAACAAUGCAAGACAACUCUAUAAAAUCUUCAAGUUUAAGACAUUUUAAUUCAGGAUCUCAUGAACAUGUUUUGUCUUUAAAAACAAACAAUAGAAUUGUUGAUAAAUUGUAACUACUACUUUAACAGAGUGUGGUAUUUAAAAAAGGGAGAUAAUCUUGGCAGUUGUAAUAUGAUAUUGUUAGUGUAAGGGUGGGACAGGGGUACCAUACGUGAAAAUUAAUGGUUAUUUAUUGUGAAUAAAAUAAUGGUAAAAGUAGAUAUUUUUCUCCAUUUAAUGCCAAAAACCACUAAAGAAUUCCAUGAGACAAAUGAGAAUAAAUUUUAAAGACUCAUUUAAUGCUAACAGUAGCAAAAAAGGGUCAAUUGAUUUUUGAUGAUAAAUGCCAAUUCUACCCUCUCAUAUUAGUGCUAUUGUUUUAUUAUUCAUGAUCAGAAUAUACCAGAUCAGAGGGGGCAGCCGGGGCCCUCCUUAGGGAGCUACGUAUAUGAUAAAUUCAUAGACUUGACAAGUAUCACUUCUAGGGCCCCCCUCUUUUGAUAAUCCUAGAUCUGCACCUGGACGUCACAAAAAUUUUAGGUAAUUUGUCAAAAUUUAUAAGUCAUCCACGAGAUGUUAUUAUGUACCAUUUUGAUUUCAUGUUUGUACAUUUUGUUCAUAGUAUAAAUAAGAACCUGGAAAGUGAUGGGGUAAAUAUUUCAUAAAAAAAUAGAUUUCAAGCCAAAAAAAGAUACCAAAGGUUUUCAAAGAAAAAAAAUAUUAUUUUGUGCCAUAGAACAUAUCUCAUGAAUAUUCAUAUGUUCAUAUAUAAUUUAUCAGUACAUUACUGUACAAUAUACAUAGAACACUUAUGCAAUAACUGAACUAUUGUAGUUUGUCAGUAGAAGUUAAAUAUAAUCCGACAGUGACUUUGUUUUUUUGUAGUUCAGGAAAUUUUUUCUAAUGCAUGUUUUAUACGAUGAAAUUCAAGGCCAUGUAAAUUUAUUUAUUCAAAUUAUUGUUUCUCUGGUAAUACAUAUGAAUUAUAAGAAGGAGAUGUAUUUAUAUUUGUCCAUUAUUAAAUUUGUUUUAAAAAUUUAGUAUAUUGGGUUUUUUUACAAAUUUUAAUGACAUUCUUUGUUUUCUAUAAUUACAGCUUACAUUUCUUUUGUUUUGAAUGUUCAUUGUCUACUUAUGUAUGUCUGAAUGUUUUUAAAACAAUAAGUUUAUUUUUUUUCCAAUUGGUUAUUUUUAAAAUUUGAAGAAAAAACAAGUUUUGUUGUUGUCACAUUGACAUUUACCCAACAUCUCUCAAUAUAACGGAAGUAUAAAAAACUAUCGUACAAGUUGGAGGUUUAACUAUAUGAAUAAAGCCAGCCUUAACCCACAAUUUUCUUCGUAAAAUGCUUGUACCAAGUCAGGAAUAUGACAGUUGUUUUCUAUUCGUUCCAUUGGUUGAUAUAGUCAAGCUUUUGAUUAUGUCAGGUUUUAUGGACUUCCCCCUUUUUUAAUUUAACUUAAAGUUUGGUUUCAGAGAAUCUCAUGGUUGGAUUUUUUUAUUUUCUUGGCCUUGAAUGUAAAUUUGUACUGUUUUUAAGUGCCAGUCUUUGUAAGAACCAGGCAAUUUUUAAACUUGCACAAGGAUCCAUUACAUUUUUAAAAUCGAGAACAAAAGAUUUUUUUUUUAUCAUUUUAUAGAGACUGGAUUUACUUGACCUUUGACAUUAUGUAUUCUUUCAUCAGUUUGAAAAGCUUUUUUUGUAUACACACAAUUUAUAUAGGAUUUUUACACUGGUUUUUGAUAUAAUUUUUUAUAACAUCAGUUUGUUACAAGUCUUGUAUAAUAUGUAUAUUUCAUUUCAUUUAUUUAAAAUGUUUUUCACACCAACAGGCCAAUAGAUAUUAUAUGAAAUAAGCAUCAGGCCAAUGAAAAUAGUGUUUUGUUUAGCUUCCCCUGACAAUUUCCAUUGAUAAGGGUCUGGGCCAUAUCUGAAUAUUGGUUGCUACUCUAAGAAAUUUUUAUACGCUAAAUAAGAUAAGAAUGUUUUUAACUACUUAGGGAAGAUAAUUGUAACAAAAAGGUUGAAUUUCAAAUAAAUUUGCAAAGAGUUAGGCUUUCCCUUUUUACUUCCUAAAAAACUAAAUCAUUGUUAUAUUUAUAUUUAUUAGAAAAGUACGUCAGCUUUUCUUGCAUAAGAUCGAGUAAAAGGAGGUGUGAGAAGUAUAUGUUAAGUUUUCAAAAAGUAGACAUUUUAAAGUCACAGAACUACCGUUACUAUGAAUAAUUUGGGUUAUAUAUAUAUAUUUAGUAAAGACAACACCGCUUUUUCAAAUAAUAUCCUUCCCUCAUUAGUAAAAUAGUAAAAUGUCUUAAAAACAGAAAAAAAAUGUAUAUGUAUGAAAUCAGUCUUCCAGCGUUAAGAUAGAAUUAUGUAGAUUUUAAUACUCAGCAUACAUGCAAUAUGCAAUGAAAAAUUCACAUUAUAAUUUUACUGAUUUUAACAAGUUUUAAAACCAUAUUGAAUUUAUCAAAGGGAGAGAAUUUAUUUAAUUUUUAAGAUGGGAGGUAACUCAAGAUGCAGAAUAAAAAUAAAAUUAUGUGCAGAUUAUUUAUCUCUAUAUAUAUUUGCAUGUACAUAUAGAUCAGAGAGAUUGGGAAUUGUAUUUUUCUGAAAUAUGUAUGUAAAGAUCUAAUAAAUUAAAAAAAAACAGAUAAAAACUAAUAAAAAGAAUAAAAGUUUCUAUGUAUUGUAAAUUCAGAAAUGCUUGUGAUACAUUUAUUAUUGAGAUUGUUGAAGUAUGGACAAACAUGUGUGUUUGAAUAUUACUUUGUCAGUAAAUUAUACAUACAAAAAAUGCUAUCAACGAUUGAAAAUGUUUAUUUUAGCUUUUUCCCGAAGCCUAACCAGUUGCAUUUUUUGCAAUAAUAAAAACAUUGCAAAAAUUUCAGAAUUUACAGUAUUUGAAUAGAACAGGUGUGUAUAAGGAGAGGAUGGGAGUCAGAAUGUAGGAUAAAUCUCUUUAGGGUUUUAUUUUUUAUUUAAAAAAAACUAUUAACUCAGUUACUUUAUAUUUACAGCAAAGGAAAUACAACCAAUAGAAAAUAAAUGAAGGAAACAGCCAUUUUUGAUUUAAACCAGUCUAGGAAAAAAACAUCUGAAAUCUCAGAAAACGCUCAUUUUGAAUCUGAAUCUAAAAAGCAAUGCCUGAGCACUCUAAUAAAUUGAAUCCUACAGUUGUCUGAAUUGUACUGAGUUCAUCAAAGUUGAAAUCUCUGGACAUGACAUAAAAUUUAUAAUUCAGUCUUUCAAGUGGGAACUGACUGUCUCACUUCAAAAUAUGUUUACUCAGUGGUCAACAAAUAGUGUCAUUCAUAGUUUUAAACAUUUCUAAUGUCAUGUAAAUUGUUUGAAAUUAUUUCUUGUCUUUUCUUUGAAUGAAUUAACAUUCUGUUAGUUAGUAAGGCCCCAUUACAUGAACAAUGUUUAAUUUUGUAAUAAGGUAUCUUUACUGGUAGGGAUAAAAUAAUAUAUAUAGGGAUUAGCCAAAAAAUACAGAAAAUUAGAAAAAAUAUAUAUUCCUACAAUUCAAAAUAAAUAAAAUGAAAAGUCCUCAAAGGGAGACAAUUCAUAUGAAAAUUAUUGUGCAUAACACAUAAUGCAUAACAUUUAGGUACUACUUAUAUUGGAUGUUUUGAAACAUCUAAAACUAUGUUAUAUCCUGAAACAAAUAUAUCAUGAGGCCAAAAAAUAAAAUUAUAUGUUUGAUUUUUCAGGCUAAAGAAAACAAACAUAUUUUUUUCAUUUGUCCUUACCAGAUUUUGCCAUAAAUGUCAAAUAUGUUAAUGAAUUUAUUAUGAAUAGGAUUAUUUAGUAUAAGAUUAAUGUUAAGUAGAUAAUCAUGAUUAGGAGAUAAAAAUCAUGUUUAUGAUUAAGUUUGUCUUAUAAUGUUUGUUGGACCUAGUCUCUGCAUUAAAUUAUUGAAAUUUGUCAACGACAUGCCAUGAAAAAUAAAUUAUUCAAAAACUAA